UAUGCAUAAAGGUCCAUUUCCUAUCCUGCGACUGUUACGAGCCGCGCGGCUGAAAAAAUUGACUGCUUUAAUGCAAAGUAAAUGCAACCGUUUCCUAUCGAGCGUCUACAGCCGCGCGACUGAAGCGACUUGAGCCGCGUGGCUCGAGCUGUCGCAACUGGACUGCUCCGUGAGCAGUUCAGUCGCUCAGUCGCGUGGCUGUAACGAAAUAGUUCAUACAUACGGAGUUGAGGUGCGAAUUGAUAGUAUACUGAGUUGUUUGAUUGUGGGGUUUUUGAUAGUUAAAUACUGAGUUUCAAGUGUGUGCCUUCAAAAUCAUGGAUGAUUCAAGGUUAAUUGAACUUGUUCGUCAACACCCAUCUGUUUUAACCCCAAACACCCCCAAUACAAGGAUGCAUAUGUGCGAGAAAACGUCUGGAGACAGAUUUCUAAAGAAACUGAUGUACCAAGUGAAGAAUGCAAACACAGAUGGAAGAAUACUAGAGACACGUAUAUGAGACGCAAAAGGGCCAGUAAACUACCCACAGGAUCUGCUCGGUCAAGAAAGCUGCGCAAAUGGCAUCUGGAAGAACAUCUCGAGUUCCUAAACUACGUAGAUUGUGAAAGAGAGACUUUAACAAAUAUGACACAAAUUGAAAUGCAAGAUGAAGAGAUUGACACAGAAUAUGGAAAAGAGCAGUCUGAAGAGUUGGCAGAUGAGUUGCUCCUGCCGAAUGACAAUAGUAACGCACUUGACAGCACCAAUGGCAGUACCUCUAAGGUAGCAGAAGAACAACCGACAAAAGAAGCUGCAAACUGUAGUAACAAUCAGUCUAACAAACGUAAGCCCAUAACAAAAGUAUCCGGGGAAAACGUCUUGAAAUUAUUUAAAAAAAAAUUCUGAAGAUAGAAUAAAACUUCUAACUACAAUUUUGGCAAAGCCCAACGAACCCUGGCAAGAACCACAGGAUGCUAUUGAUGUAUUCUUCCAAAGUAUGGGCAUGGCGGUGAAGAAGAUGUCUACUUAACGCCAAAUUCGCGCUAAAAUGGAGAUUUGCAACAUGGUCAGUCAACUUGAACUCGAAGAACUUCGAUCAAACUCAGUACUUGUGCCUCCAUAUCUUCAAAGCUCCACAUAGUCAGGGACCUUAUCACCCCAAGAACUUGGAAACGAUAACAACACCAUGAAUAUACAUUAUUUAACAAACUAUUUGCAUAAUUAACCUUUUUGUAAUUUACAUUUGGCAGUUUGGUGUGUUACAUAUGUAACUUAUUUUCAAUAAAGUACA